UUCUCCUCCCUCCUUUAUAUAUAAGGGAGUGAUAGAAAGGGACACGACAAUUUUUUAAAAGCAACUCCGUAGUUGAAGAAAGGCGGUUCUAAGUUUCCAUUUUUUUCACAGCAACAGAAAUAGAAACAGUUAUCCAAAAGAGUUUAAGAGAGUUCGUUUUGUUUUUAUUUUCAAAAUUUGCUUUCAAAAACAGAUUUGUUUUUCGAAACAAUUUUUUCUUUUUGAAAAAUAUGGCGUUGGGAAAGAGAUGCGGCAGUUCUUUGAAAUCGAAGCGCGUGGUCGGCGGUGAGGAGCUAGGGCUAGGGUAUGUGAGGUACACGAGAGCAUUUGGGAGGAAGAGGAUUUUAAUUUCGAAUCAUUUUGAGGGUUUGGCGAUCGAUUCGGCUCCGAAAACGCCGUCGAAGAAAAUGUGUGGCGAGAGAUUGGGUUUGGAUUCUGAAAGGUCUCUUCUCGAAGCCUUGCCUCAGGAUAUUCUGAUUAGGGUUUUGUGCGGUGUGAAUCAUGAGGAUUUGAAGCAGCUAUUCCACGUUUCGAAAUCGAUUAGAGAAGCUACUCUGAUUGCAAAGCAAUGGCAUUUCGCGUAUAGCACGCCAUCAAAGACUCAAGCUUUUCGAAGCGCGAUUGAUUUGGAGAAUCCAAGCGAGUUAGAUGAUGAAAUUGAAGCUCCGAAUGCUCCAAAACAGUUGAGGCCUCGUCGGUCGCUGCUGCCGGAGAAGAAGCUGGCCGAUAUAUCAGUGGCAUUGUUCGCUUCUCCAGACGAAGAGCAUUGGCCGAGAAAAGCACUAUUUAUGGAAACAGAGAUAUGAAUGAGAGAGGCUUUGAAGGUUUUUGUAAAUAGAUUUGGUGUUGUAUUUUGUAGUUGGUGUUGUUGAUGUUGUUGUUGUAAAUUUGGUUGAUUUUGUACACGUACUUGUAAAGAAAUCUUUGCAAGCCAAAUCUUCAAAAGCUUUCAUUGAAGGUGGGAUUGGCUUGGCUGUAUUUUUUUUUACACGAAAUUAGUGAGGGGAAAGAGAUAGAGAGUCCAGGAUUUUAGUUCAGGGGGCAAAUCUUGAACCCCUUCUUGUGUCAUAAAAAUUUGAGUGUGUACAGUUGAUUCUGUAUACUCUUCUUUGAGCUUAAUAAAAUGAGAAAAUUGUUUCUAUGUA